AUGUGCUGUACUUUUUACUGCAUCUGGUAUUGUGCCUUACCGCCAAUAAUAAUCUACUUCAGUCAGGAGCUGCAACGUUGCGCGGGCAUUGCGGGUGUGGCGAGAGAAAGAUUUGUGGAGUUGCUUGUCAAGAGGAAGCGGCAGUUCAUAAAUAAUUGCUACGAAUCGGUAACCACACAAACUGACGCCGUUUGGUACGUCGAGAUUCGUCGUCCAUUGCUCUGUAUACGGAAUUGCCACACCGCAAAAGGGGAGACACCACCAAGGAUAGUGUUCAUCCCAGCGGCCGCACUGAAAUUACAAAAUGAGCUUGAAGAUCUUUCCUUUUUCAAGCAUGCAGUGGAAAGAACGGUCGUAAUGCGCACUGACGACCCAUCAUGA